AUGGAGGUGAUCAUCCGCGACACGGAUCUACGCUGGCCUCCCACAAGGGCACAGGCCACCUCAUUCGCAAGGGCACCGGUGGCCGAUCCUACGUCAGCUACUGUUUUUGGAGCUACUGGAUUCCUUGUUCGUUAUCUAGUGCAACAGCUUGCUAAAAUGGGAUCUCAGGUGUUGGUUCCUUUCCGACGUUCUGAGGAUAACCCUCGUCAUCUCAAACUGAUGGGAGAUUUGGGACAGAUAGUGGCAAUGAAAUAUGAUCCAAGGGAUGAAAAUUCAAUCAAGGCUGUGAUGGCAAAGGCUAAUGUUGUUAUCAAUCUCAUCGAUUGCCAAAGAACAUGGUAUCACGAGAUUUAUUCAAGUUUCUUGCUUAGGGCUCUGUCAUCCUCAUCAAGAUUUCUAAGAGCUAAGGUUGCUGGAGAAGAAGCUGCCACUGUCAUGAGACCUGCUGUAAUGAUUGGUACUGAGGAUCGGAUUAUGAAUCCAUACUUUGCUAAGAAAUUUAGCUUUCUUCCGCUUAUUGGUGAUGGAUCUACCAAAAUCCAGCCUGUAUAUGUUAAUGAUGUUGCUUCUGCAAUCGUUGCGGCCUUGAAAGAUGAUGGAACAAGCAUGGGAAAAGUCUAUGAGUUGGGUGGACCAGAUAUCUAUACCGUGCAUGAACUGGCAAUUGCCAUGCCUAGAGAGGUAUUACUCAAGAAAGUGCCAUUUCCACUACCAAAUCCUGACAUCUUCAACCUGGAUCAAAUACUAGCAUUUGCAUACGAUAAUGGGUCGGUUGAAAUAAUUUCAGACUAUAAUGUCUAA